AUGGAUAUUCUCCCACAAAACUUUCGAACUUUAUGGCUAUGUGGUCUUUGGAACGAAAAUUACAAACUCACACCAAUUGUUUUCAUUUACAAAUCAAUUGUUCUAUUAAUGAUAAUUCACAUUUCUUCAGGACAAGUUUUUUAUGUUUUUGCAACAAGUAAAAAUGUUAAAGAAUUAUCAAGUGGACUGGUAUUUACCGUGACUUUUGUAACACUUUGCGUGAAACUCUGCAAUUUUAUCUUUAAACUAAAUGAUAUGAAGCAACUCUUGAAUUUAUUUCGCGAAAAUAUUUACAGUACCCUUGUAAUUGAGGAGAGGAUAAUUUUCGAUAAUUACCGAAAUAGAAAUGAUAGGUUCUUUCUUAGUAUUUUAAUUGUUUCACAAAGUAUAAGUUUGACACAAUUAAUUUUGCCGAUAGUGAAAUGGAGGGAGAAAAUCGAACUACCGUUUAAGAUUUACGAUCUUUUUUUUGUGAGAAAUUCCACGCAAUUGAUGAUUUUGUAUGUUAUUCAAGUAAUUGAAUGCUCCUAUUCGGUUUUAUUGAAUGUCUGUUUUGACACAAUGGCGUGUGGAUUUAUUAAUUUGACAUCCUGUUUGUUUGACAUUUUAUCCUUGCGUUUGAGAAACACGAGUAGAAAUAAAAAUUUGUCUUCCGGUUCAAUGAAAAAUUGCUAUAAAUUGCAUAUCGAUGCUCUGAAGAUCCUAGAAAGUAUUAAUUCAUUUUUCAUGGGAUCAAUAGCAAUUGUGUUCGUGCUCAUUCUUUUGGUAAUCUGCAGUGGAAUUUUUCUGUUAACUGAGAAAUCGUCACUACUUAGUGCUGACAAAUUAAUAUUACCAUACUUCAUCGGAUAUAUAAUUGUUCAAGCAUAUGUCUAUUGUUGGUUUGGAACAGAACUUGAAGAAAAGGUGAAAAAUUUGGCAGUAGCUGCUUAUGAAACUAAUUGGUGCUGUGCAUCUGUAACGGAAGUUAAAAAUUUAUCAUUCAUGAUAUUAAUAGCUCAAAGAGGAUCCAACGUUUCUUUCAAAGGACUUUGUACUCUGAGUCACGAAACAUUUGGUUUGGUAAAAAAAAUUCAAAUCGAUUAUAAUCCGAAGUGUCGAAUUAAUAAUUUUUGUACCUAA